GCGAGGUUCAUUUAUCAAUGUGUCAUGCGCACAAGUUGACGAUGGCGGUGUUUAGUAUUGACCACAUGCGCGUUUAGUUAUCUUACGGAUUGUUUACACAUAAAUAUAAUAGCUAAACACGAUGAUUUAAGUUUUUGCAACAGGUAACUACAAAAGAAGGUCACGCAACACCUCAGAUCCUUAGUAAUCUUGAAGAUAGUUCGUAUUACUUUACACUACAAAUCUCGCUAGUAGUCAUCCGGAUAUAUUGUCAUAGGGAAGUAAAAUACAUAUUCUCCAAUAAGUCCAACCCAGUAUAUUUUUCGAGGUAGCUCACUGGAAAGUAUUCAGCACGAAAACAAUUCACCUAGCGUCCUCACCGACUCGUUAUACAACAAAUGUGCCAGUGAUGAUAGCACUCUAUUCUCAUCGUCCUGUCUAUUUAUUGCUCGGACGAAGUUUGAACACGGCAUCUACUUUGAUUCAACCUCAUAUAACAGCUAAGCAUCGUGAAAUAAUUGAGUCAUGCUGCACCAUCGAAGUUACGACCGAUCGACUAAGCUAUGCGUCUUUGUGCUUGGAUCCUGAAAAUAAAAAUUCAAUUAUUCUUUCCAGCUGGAACAGCCUUUCACUCAAUUUGCCUUCUGGAAAGGAAUUCAGACCAUACAUGUGUUCCUCCAUGUUCAAAGCUACCACUCAACGUUUGGUACAUGAUAUUUGCUCAUCUGGAAAAUUGACCAGUAGUCAAUUCGCCUUAGUGUAUGUGUCUUCUAAAUUAUCUUCAGCCUCAUUGGCAUAUAAUUGUUCUAAUAUAAUUAAAGACAACAUUCUAUGUAGUAACUAUCUUGGAGCAAGUACUGAUGUUAUUCUCCGGCCUAUCGCACCAUUAUCAACUUCUUCAUUUACUACAAUCCAUAGCUUAGACAUUCGCAAUGUUCAUCAAGCUGUAAUCAUGGGUUAUCUUCUAGCAUUUUUAUCAUCCAAUAUUAACAAUACACCAACAAGUCAAUUAUGCAUAUCAACUAAUUGUCCAUCAAUAGAAACUUUAGUAAAAUGGACUAAUCAAUCAACUAAUCGUUGGACAACUUAUUUAAGUCAUCAAAUGUUUAAAAAUCAAUCCAAUAUUACGUUCUCUCUUCUUCCUGUGAAAUCUAACCAUUUAACAAAUAUAUCAGCCCCAACAAAAACUAUACAUAGUAAUAAUGAUAAUGAUUCGUCAGAUAUAAUUCAAAUACGUGUAGAAUCUUCACAAUUGUUUUCAAUUUAUAAAUGUUUCAAUUCUAAAAAUCACGAACAUAUUAGUACUGUACAGUUUUUACUGGCUCGAUGUUUGUUUACAUGCAUGUAUCAUCUGUUAAAGGACAGGUAUUCGAUGAUGGUUUAAAGUCAUUACUAUUACUUUUUGUAUUUAUUAUUACCCACUUUCUGUAUAAGAUAGAGUUUUGCUUUGACAAGAAAUGUGUAUUUAAAAAAAUGUGCUUACAUUUCGCUGUCUUUAUUGUGAAACGAAAUUGUGAUUGAUUAUUCUUA